UAAUACCGCGCGAACGAGAUUUUGUGUCCAGAUAUAUCGAUCCAUAAUAUCUUGAAUCUCUACCCUUCAUACCUCUAUACGUCUAUUUUUAUAUCCCUGGAUAUAUCACAAUGGCCGAAGUCGCCCAAUCGGUUCCUGCUGAAUCGCAGGCUAAGCAUGUUGCUUACUGUGGAGUUUGCACAUUGCCUCCGGAGUACUGUGAAUUCGGCGGCACGGCCAAGAAAUGCGAGGACUGGUUGAAGGAAGCCCAUCCGGACAUGUACCAGUCGUUAUAUUCUGAGGAAGCCCUCAACUCCAACCUCGCUACAUUGUCGGUAUCGGCUCGGGAGCGCGCAGCUAAGGAUGCGGCGAAGAAGGAGGCCAAGGCUGCUGCGGCUGAGGCGCGCGAUGCUGAGCGGAAGGCGGCGUCCAAGGUACAGAUUAAGCGGGUUGAGCGGAACAAGCGGAAACAUGUUACCGUUAUCACGGGCUUGGAUAUAUAUGGGUUGGAGAAUAAGAAGAUCGCCAAGGACCUGGGCAAGAAGUUUGCUACUGGCUCUUCGAUGACUAGGUCUGCGGGUGGUACUGAGGAGAUUACCGUGCAGGGUGAUGUGAGUGAGGAUGUUAAGGAAUGGCUGCUCGAGGUGUACGGGAAGGAGAUCCCGGAGGCCAAUAUUGAGCUCAUCGAGGAUAAGAAGAAGAAGAAGGCGGCCGAAGCGCCCUGAGGUAUAGUUGACGGGACUAUGAAUGCAUAAUGUACAAAAAUGCUAUGCUGGGGGGACACUAUGGGUAUCAUGACAUUAUUUAUGGUUUACAUAUUAGAUCAACAGAGAUACGACA